ACUGAAAGGACUAGCUCUUUACACCUGCAUCACCACCAGACAUGUCGUUUUUCAGUGAAUUGUGGGAGUCUGUGUUCACUCCAGGUACUUCUCCUGCGUUAAUCAAAGCUACACAUGCUUCAUUCAUCUUGUUACUUAUGUCAUUGGGAUGGCUCAUAUUUUUAACUAAAUCAAUCCACUUUAUUAAUUUAUUCGUUAUUGCAGUGCUAUUAUAUGCCACUGUUAUCUGGUUUAUUAAGGAAUUGCAAGCUUCAAAGUUAAAGACCAAUGAAGAAUUGUCCACAGAGGAACCAAAGGAAGAAUCAAAAACGGAAAAGGUACAAGAAAAGGGUAGUGCCAGUUCCAGUGCCACCACUGCUGCUGCUUCUGCUGCUGCAACUUCAAUUCCUGCUACUCAAAGUACUCCAAGGAGAAGAAAGGCUUAAUCGGUUGUUAGCAACGUUUAACUGUGUAUAUAAUUAAUUUAUGAUGUCGGUUUAUAGCAAAUGAAUUUGUUUU